AUGUCCAUGAACCGUGUGUACAAGUUCCAUGCUUGGCUUAUCAAAACUGGCCAACAGAAUCACCCUCCCGCCCUUCGACGCCUCCUGCUGUGGUGCGCUGCUACACCUUCCCCUAAAUGCUUAUCCUACUUCCGAGCUCUCUUUGCCUACAUUCCCUCUCCUGACACCUUUGCCUAUAACACUAUCAUCAGAGCUCAUGUAGCAGCCCACUCUUCUCCUUCCCAUGCAAUCUCCUUCUUUACCCAAAUGCGUCAGCAAGGUGUCCCACCUGAUAACUUCACCUUCCCUUUUCUUCUUAAGGCUUGCGCUCGCCUGCAACUGGGUCAAGACGUCCAUACACAUAUUCUUAAGCUUGGCUUCCUUUCUGACGUAUAUGUUCAGAAUGCAUUAAUUAGUUUUUACGGGAGUUGUGGGUCGGUUGAGCUUGCAUUGAAUGUGUUUCAUGCAAUGCAUGAGAAAGAUUUGGUUUCGUGGUCAUCCAUGAUCAGUUCUUUUACGAACAAUGGCUUUUUCAACGAGGCCCUUGCAUUAUUUCGGCAAAUGCAGCAUGCCAAGAAUGUAAUGCCGGAUGAGGUCACUAUGCUCAGUGUGAUAUCCGCUGUUUCAAGCUUAGGAGCACUGGAAUUGGGUCAGAGAGUUCAUUACUAUAUAAAAAAAAGUGGACUAGAACUUACUGUCUCAUUGGGUACUGCAUUAAUUGACAUGUAUUCACGUUGUGGAAUGGUUGAUAAAUCUAUUGAAGUGUUUGAUGAAAUGCCAUUGAAGAAUGUGCAGACAUGGACAGCAUUGAGUACUGGCCUUGCGGUGCAUGGCCGCAGUAGAGAAGCUCUAAGGGUCUUUUAUGAGAUGAAAAAAGCUGGUUUACAGCCAGAUCAUAUGUCUAUAACUGGGAUUUUGGUGGCAUGUAGUCACGGCGGACUUGUGCAAGAUGGUUGGAGAGUUUUCAAAAGCAUGAAGGAUGAGUAUGGCCUGGAGCCAAUGCUUAAGCAUUAUGGCUGUAUGGUUGACCUCCUUGGCCGGGCCGGUUUGCUUUGCGAAGCCUAUGAAUUUGUGGAGAAAAUGCCAAUCAGGCCAAAUUCUGUCAUUUGGAGGACCCUUCUCGGAGCAUGUGUAAAUCAUAACCAUCUUGUGUUGGCUAAGAAAGUGAAGAAGAGGUUGAACAAGCUAGAUAGUUAUCAUGAUGGUGAUUAUGUGCUUUUAGCUAAUGCUUACGGGGGAGCUGGUAGAUGGGUAGAAAAGGCAAAUGUUAGGAAUUCAAUGAGGGCAAUUGGAGUUAACAAGAAAGCUGGUUCUAGCUCAAUUAGUGUAGACCAUAUCACUCAUGAGUUCAUUUCAGGGGAUAACUCUCAUCCCCAAUCUCAGAGUAUUAGAGAUUUCUUAGACAGAAUACUUGAAAGUAUAAAAGACACCGGAUAUACUCCCCUUACAUCAAAUGUUUUGCAUGACAUUGAAGAGGAGGAGAAGGAGCAUACUCUUGGUUAUCAUAGUGAGAAAUUGGCUGUGGCUUUUGCACUUAUGAGUGUCAAGGAUACUAGGACCAUUAGGGUCAUGAAGAAUAUUCGAAUCUGUAAUGACUGCCAUUCGUUCAUGAAGCAUGUUUCAGCCAAAUUUGGUAGAGAAAUUAUUGUUCGCGAUCGAAACCGGUUCCAUCAUUUUACUAAUGGAUCAUGUUCUUGUCAAGAUUAUUGGUGA